AUGAUCCAGCAAGCGAAAGAGGAAGAUCAGGGAAAAUAUGAAUGUGUUGCAAGGAAUGCACUUGGUGUUACUCAUUCCAAAGCUGCUCAUCUCUAUGUUAAAGUUCGUCGUGUGCCUCCAUAUUUUUCUUAUAAACUGGAACGGGUAUAUAAAACGGCGCCAGGCGGUGCACUCAAUUUAACUUGUGUAGCAGUUGGUUAUCCAAUGCCACGAGUGUUUUGGAAGAAAUCCGAUGACACCUAUUUGAAUGACCCACAAACUGCGCCCAUUGGCCGAAAUGUGCUAACACUGACGAGGAUUGAGAAAACGGAAAAUUAUACCUGUAUUGCCGUUAGCAAACUUGGAAAUAUUGAAGUGAUGACAACAGUUGAAGUGAAAUCGUUACCUCGUGCCCCGGAAAAUCUGCAAAUCUCGGAAGUAACAUCACGUAGUGUUCGCGUCAGUUGGGAUGCUGUAUACAUUGAAGAUGAGCCGGUGAAAAGUUAUAUUGUUAAGUAUCGUCAGAAGAUUGCUGUUGUUGCUCCAUCGCCUGUGCUUCCAGCUGCUGACCUCGAGUACGGUGAGGGUUCAUUCAAAGAAAAAGAACUCUAUGAAAUCGCGGUAGUAGCCGUUAGUGCAAUUGGACGCAGCAUUGCAAGUAUGCCAAAAGAAGUACAAACCGAUGAAACUGAGCCAACUAGUGCUCCGCAAAAAGUACAAGCCCGUGCGUUAAGUCGUAAUUCGAUUUUGGUGCGCUGGGAACCACCGGAAAAACCGAACGGGAAAAUAACGGUAAGGACUUUUCGAUACAGUACUCAUUCUUCUUUGGUAAAGCAUCAUAGCUUCUUAUCGCCAUUUCACAACUUACCCGAACUUAUUGUUCGUUCGCUGCACGAAAUCCCACCGGCGGAUUUCCCGGGUCAGCCAUCUGCUCUGGCAGCAAAACCGUUGGAUUCGCACCGGAUUCAGCUCACAUGGGAAAGACCGCUCCAUUCCUACAACAUCAUUGGUUAUUCGAUUCUACUCAACGCAUCUAAUGGUACCCAGCGUGAACUGACACUUUCAACACCGGUUGAGAAGCAUGUUGUUGAUGGCCUACUCCCCAAUACGCUCUACUCGUUCAAGGUAGCUGCUCAAUCAGCACGUGGUACAGGGGCCUACUGCGAGGAAGUUACUGCGAAAACACUUCCAAAUGGUAAGUUAAUCUCAAAUUCUAAUUUUUUCGUCUUUAAAAAAUAA